AUUUUCCGUCAAUUGCAUCGUGCAGCGUGCACACACGUGUGUUGUGUUAUUGUGUUUAUUUUCAUAUAAAUUACACUUUAUUGAAUAAAUAUGGGUAAAAACAAUAAAAAGGGGCCAAAGGCGAAUGUAUUCAAGGUUGCUGGUGCAAAGAGCUUGAAGAAAACUAAAGCUAAAGCAGUCAACUUAGGCCUAAAGAAUAUUAAACAAAAAGUACAAGACAUAGACAAGGAAUUCGUAGAAAUUAGCAAGAAACCUAAACCUAGUGAGACAAAGCCAUCUCCAUCGGUAAAAGCUCCUACGAAAAAGUUAGAAAAACCGGUAACGAAAGAAGAUGUCGCGAAAACAGCUGAAGAAAUUGUGAAAAUGGACUUAUUAUAACAUUCCUUACAUCUUACAGUUAAGAUAAAAAUAUUGCUAUUUAUAUUGAAUUAUUUAUCUGUCAAGUGGAUUUUAG